AUGGACAACUUAACCACAACUAAGAUUGUCAACGAAGGAGGUUCAGGGGAAGCUUCUGGAAAAGUGACAGAGACAGUAACCACGACAACGAGACUAACAUCACUUCCCCCAAAGGGCGCAAGCAGUUCCGGGGUCAGCCAGCGGGUGGUGUCAUCGAGCAGCUCGUCAGGCGCUGUUUUGGUGGAGAAGAGGAUCAUUACCCAAAGCAGCGGUGGGGGCAGCAGCAGCAGCAGUGGCAGCAGUGGGAGCAGUUAUGCCAUUACCUCCUCAGCAGUAGGAGGAUCAAGUGGUGGAUCUGCUGGUGCGUCGGGAGGCGGUGGGGCCUCCGCAUCCUCGGCCACGUCUUCGGCCGCCGUCUCGUACUCGGUGUCUGGAGGGAGCGCCUCUCGCUCUGUCUCUGGAGGGAGCACCUCCUAUUCUGUAUCCAGAGGAGGUUCCUCUAGCGUGUCUUCUGGAGGAGGAGGAGGAGGAGGAGGAGGAGGCAGUAGUGCAAGUGCGUCAGGAGGAGCUUCAGGAAGUGCCUCAAGCACUGCUGUUAUGGUAGGAGGUGCCACCAGAGGUUCUUCUUCCACCACAAUCGUGUCUGGUUCCUCGGGAGGUUCCCUUAGUGUCUCAGGAGGAGGAGGAGGAGGAGGAGGAGGAGGAGGAGGUUCCUUUGCAGCCAUGUCGACUGGUGGAGGCUCUAGCUCUAUGACUGUCACCAAGUUCAGUUCCAGUUCUUCGGGGGGUGUGAGGAAAGCCUCCACCUCCUCCGUCAGCUACUCUCCUGUUCCCAUGGAGAGGAAAGCCAGUCUCACGGUCCGUUCCGGCAGCUACGAGGGAAGCUCCAGUGGCAAUUCCUCUCCUGAGUACACCAGGAAGGAGUAUGCUGCUGCCAGUGCUGCCACUAGGGGGCGCAGCCAGACUAGAGAGAGUGAAAUCAGGGCUAGACUACAGAGUGCAUCUCCUUCGACAAGAUGGACCGAGCUUGACGACGUGAAGAGAUUGUUGAAGGGAAGUCGUUCAAACAGCAUAAGCCCGCCCCGCUCCCCGACCAACACUCUGCCCAUACCUAAAAAAGCUGCCGUGGAAACGCGCACUCAGAGCCAAUCAGGCUAUGACAGUAGUUUGAUGGAUGGGGUGUACACGGGCUACAGCUACCACACCAACCCUAACAACCUGAGCCCCUCCUCCACCCUGCAACAUCCAGGAUCACCUACAGGCUUACAGAAUAACCUGACCCUGGCCUCUCACUCCAUGGCGAACGGACUGGCUCUCAGCAGUGGAGUGUACGGGAUGCAGAACAACCUCACCUCUGCUUCCGGCGCUGCUCUGGCUGCCAGCGGAGGCAGUCCUAGUGCAGUAGUGCCAGCCAGCCCAGCUCCUACAGACGACGUCUUCGUGAAAGAUUACAAAUUCAUGCUCCUGGAGAAAGAGAACGCGCCGGUGAAAAAGGAAACGGAGCGACUGAUCAUGUCCAAAGACAGCGGCAAACAGUUCACCUCCACCACAACCAGUGCAGGGGCAGGGUUCUCUGAUGACUCUCUGAAGAGGGAGAAGAUGAUCGUCUCCAGUUCUUCUGAAACUACCACCGCCGCAGUGAAUGUAUCCUCUAAAACAUCAACGAAGGACAAGGCCACAUAUGCAGAGAUCCGUAAGGAUGAGUCUAGCGCGGGCGGGGCGGGGUUCUGGUCGUGCUGUUCCUGGUGGAAGUGGCUCUUGGGAUUGAUCCUGGGACUCCUCCUCCUGCUCGGCCUCCUCUUCGGGCUAAUCGCACUGGGGGAGGAGGUGAGGAAACUGAAAGCCAGAGUAGACGCCCUGGAUGGUGGAGCAGAGGGCACCAACCGUCUGGGCCGUUUCACUUCCACAGGAGUUCACAUUGAGAACCCGCAGGGCUCUCCUUUCAUUGGCCCAGAAAACGCCAUCCCCGUGGCCUCGGUGCCAGCCCAAGACCCCGCAGCCCUGCAGAGAACCGUAGAGCAAUAUGUCAUGGCUCAGCUGCAGUCGAGCACUGUCAGAGCUUCACUGGCAUCUUCUCUGAAAGGUGAGAGAGGGGAUCCAGGUCCUAAAGGUGAACCCGGACCUCCUGGAAUCAAAGGUGAUGCAGGUUUCCCUGGAGUGCCAGGACCUCCUGGCUUGAUCGGUCAUCCAGGAUCGGAAGGCCCCAGAGGACCUAAAGGAAGUGCAGGUGAACCUGGAGCAGAUGGUCCACCAGGGCAGAGGGGCCGUGAGGGACCCACAGGACCACGUGGGGAACCAGGACCACCGGGAUCUGGAGAGAAAGGAGACAGAGGUUCCUCUGGAGAACCUGGGGCUCCAGGACCAGCUGGACCUCCUGGCCCCAUUGGACCCAAAGGUGAAACAGGUGCUCAAGGAUCGGCAGGUCUUCCAGGUGCCCCCGGUCCGCAGGGUUUCCGUGGAGAAGCUGGAGAAGCAGGACCAAAGGGUGAGAGGGGAUUACCAGGACCUCCUGGAGGCAAAGGGGACCAGGGUGAGAAAGGGCCUCGUGGAGCCACAGGCGAACCAGGGCAGCCUGGGCCCCAGGGACCUCCUGGAGAGAAAGGACCCAAAGGAUCAGCAGGUGUCCCUGGACCUGAUGGCGAAAAAGGACCCCGAGGUGAACAAGGACCAGCUGGUUUGCCUGGACCCAGGGGACCUGCCGGACCCCCAGGAGAUGCAGGAAUCCCAGGAACACCAGGUCUUCAGGGACCUCCAGGUGUGCCAGGAAAUCCAGGUCAGCCUGGACCUAAAGGUGAAGCAGGUGAACCUGGCAAAGUUAUCACCGCAGGAGCUAACGCCAACACUGUGGCCAUUCCUGGACCACCUGGCCCGGCUGGACCUCCAGGUCCUGCAGGCCCCCCCGGACUCUCAGGUCCCAUCGGUCCUGCUGGGCUUCCAGGACAACCUGGUGAUAAAGGUGAUAAGGGUGCCAAAGGUGAACCUGGAGAACCUGGUAUUACCAAGACAACCAUUGAAACACAACCUGCUGCACCUGCUCCUGGUCCUCCUGGACCUCCUGGUCCACCUGGGCCCCCUGGUCCCCCUGGAGAGCCUGGACGUCCAGGUGAAGGGAAAGAAGGUUCAGUUGGACCCCCAGGUCCACCUGGAGCGCCAGGUGUUGGUAUCCCCGGCCCUCCUGGUGAAAGAGGGGAGCCUGGAAGCUUUAUACCCAACUCUGAGAGCUUUUUUGCUGGACCACCUGGGCCUCCUGGACCUGUUGGACCUAAAGGAUCACAGGGUGACAUUGGUCCACAAGGCUACCCUGGUGAACCUGGUCAACCUGGAUUACCUGGAAGUCCUGGAGAGCCUGGUAUUGGUAUUCCAGGGCAACCUGGACCUCCAGGCCCACAGGGUUCCCAGGGACCAGAGGGCCCACCAGGACCCCAAGGUCCACCAGGACCAGAGGGACCAGAGGGACCGCAAGGACCAAGAGGUGAUGCUGGUGUUCCUGGUGCUCCUGGAAUCCCUGGAUACUCCACUGGAAGAAGUGCUGGGGCCCCAGGACUCCCUGGUCCUCCAGGACCCCCUGGUCCUCCUGGUCCGCCAAGCUCAGGCACAGCUGAUGUUGGUCAGCAGAUUGCAGAUUACCUCAGUAGUGAUGGCAUCCGACAAUAUCUGGCUGGACCUCAGGGUCCUCCUGGUCCACCUGGUCCACCUGGACCUGGUUCUUAUGGUUCUGUUGACGACCUGGCUGCACGUGUCAUUGACUAUGUACAAAGAGAGGAGGUUAGAAGAUAUCUGAUUGGACCUCCUGGUCCCCCUGGAGCUCCCGGAACCCCAGGUGGACCCGGGGGCUACGGCUUUAACCCACAGGAAGUUGCUGGACGAGUCCUCACCCUGAUGAGUGAGCAGGGAAUGCUUCAGCCUGGGCCCCCGGGACCGCCUGGUCCACCUGGACUUCCCGGACAGGUUUAUGGUGAUCUCUCUGCCUACCUACAGAAUUCAGAAUUCAGAGGGACUAUAGGACCACCAGGUCCCCCAGGACCUCCAGGGACCCCUGGUAUUCCAGGACCUCCCGGGCCUCCUGGACUGGGCUCUGUUGACGACAUUCAGAACUACUUACAGAAUACUGGGUUAAGAGGUCCACCUGGUCCUCCAGGUCCUCCUGGACCUCAAGGACCCCCUGGAGUGUCAAGAGGUAUAGUUUCAUACGCUGGGAACACAUAUAAAGAAAAUAUUCAUGCUGAGCUGCAGGAUUACGUCAGAAGUGACAAGUUUGCUGGUUCCUUCAUGGGGCCCCCUGGCCCUCCUGGACCCCCAGGUCCUCGUGGAUACAAAGGAGAACGUGGUGAUCCAGGCGUUGACCGUGCUUUUUCACCGAGUGACGAGGAGGUCAAGAGGCCAGAGACCUUAGACUACUCCAGUGUGGCAGUGAGGGUGACAGAUUACAUCAAGAUGAACGGUUUGUGGCGGGACAUGAUAGAUGAGGAGGCUCGUCGUACGGGCUCUAGGCUCAUCCAAGGCCCUCCUGGACCUCCUGGACCCCCUGGCCCACCCGGACUCGGCCAGGCUGUCGGUUCUUACGACAACAUCACAGAGCUUGUGAAGCACAUCAGAGCACACGCGGCUUUUGUAGGCCCACCGGGUCGACCCGGCCCGAAAGGAGACACAGGAUACCCUGGACCUAAAGGACAGAAAGGUACAAGUGGCGACCGCGGAGAGCAAGGCAUCCCUGGGCUGUCAGGGCUCCCGGGCCAUGAUGGGCAAAGAGGUGAAAAAGGAGACAAAGGUGAGCCUGCAGUUGUGUCCCACAGAAGGAGGAGGAGAAGCACAGGCGUGUAA